AUGAAAAUGUUGGCUAAUUUAAAUAUUCCAGUUAGGACAGUAUUACUUUUAAUUAUUGUUUCUUCAUCAAUUGGAUCAAUUCCACAAUGUGGAAGCAAUCCGAAUUGUUGCCGAACUGUUGCUACACUUCGUAAUGCUGGUUUUGUUGGUAGUCAAGUAAAUAUUAUGACUGCAAUAGCCUAUUAUGAAAGUACUUGGGGUACACGUAAUGGUCCAAAGACGAAUAAAGAUGGUAGUACAGAUAAUGGUCUAUUUCAAGUUAACAGUUAUCUAUGGUGUAGUGCAUCAGGACAACAAAAUGAUUGUUGUUGUCCAAGAACAUAUGAAAAAUGUCGACGUAAUUCAACACUUCGGACAUGUUCCUGUGGAUGUAAUAUUAGUUGUUCACAAGCAUUAACAAAUGAUGCUUCAAAUACACAAUGUGCUAAAACUGUUCUUAGUCUUAGUAAACAAGGUUACAAAGCAUGGGCAGCAUAUAAUUCAUGUGCUGCUGAAUGUGAUUCAUACGACGCAUGGAAGGGUGCAUGUUCAUCUGGUAACUGUUGCUCAGCUCUAUUUCCUGAUUCAGUUUGUUGUCCAAAGGCUGAUCCUAAUAAACACGGCUGUUGUCCUUCUACACACCCAGUCUGUUGUCCGGCACCUUAUCAAGAUAAAUGUUGCCCGUCAGAAUAUCCUAUAUGUUGUGGCACUCAUUACUGUUGCCAAAGAAGUAGUCAUGACGCACCAUUUAUCCAAGCUACAUCAAAAGUUGCAGCGAGUCCUAAAAUUUUACCUUAG